UUCAUUCAUAGUGGAGUCGGUUUGAGGAGAGCCGUGAUUAUACUUAACGUUUUCCCAACUUUAACGGCUUCUGUGCUGCAGAAAACUCGCCGGUGACUCUUUCGUCACCAGCAGACUGAACCGGAGCAGCGACAUGUCAGUGGGAGCGAGUUCUCCGGUAAGUUAACGAAGACCUGACUCUGUGUUUACACCAAGGAUGAAGGUUCCUCAGUGCCCGGUGAGAACGAAAUUGGAGCGCAGGGAUUGGUCAAUCUUUGUGCCAGUCACAGUGUUCCGUUUCCUCAUUGGAAGACUGAACAGCUAGGAUGCUUCUGUUCGACGUGAAUACCAAGAGCUUGAAAAGAAAAGGCAAAAGAACACAUUUAAAGUAAGCACUAAGUGUUUGUUGCCUCUACUUUCGUUUUUGACUCGGAAUAUCAAUAAUCUUAUUGAUUGAACUAUUGAAACAUACCCAGAGUGUAAAUCUGAAGUCUUGUUUAGCCUACUUGUUCCCUGUCACUUGCCUUCAACACGUUUAAAUAAACCAAAUCUUUACGUUUUAAUUGAUAGAUGCUUAACGAUAAUCAGCUAAGCAAUCAAUGGAGUAACGACGCACAAUUUCCUCCUUUUUAUUAUGAUUUAUAUCGUCCUUGACUCGGACACCACUGCUUUGUCCCGCCCACAAAUCAUCAGUGUAUUCUUGGUAGCUGUUUGCCUACAGUUUCACUGUAAUGUAGUUUUCUGAGAAACAAACCAACAUAAAAAGAAAUGACAGUUUAUCUUUUUGCCACUUUUUCUGCAAAAUAACUUCGUUAUAUUCUCUAUAACGAAGUCGCCUGAAGUAAAGCAAACCAACAUUAAACAAUUAGAUUUUGAAUGAAACUUUGACAGAGACAUCAAACAGAAAAUUGAUCAAAUAUUAACUUAUUGUAUUCUGUAUGGUGGCAAAAAAAUGAGUGAAAAGUACCUUCGGGUGUUGAUUGAAUCGUGUAAAUACACACAUGAGCGUACUCUAAACAUCUAGAACAUGAAAAAUGAGAACUUGAAGUGACAGGUAAAAGCCGACUGUGUGUGGAGGGGUUUAAACUUUCAUGAUCUUUAUUUUUACUUUUUAAAGUGAUAUAAUUUCACUCAGGUAGUAAUAAAACUUCACCAAAAUAAUAAUAUUUCUUCAUUUGGAUGGCAAUAUGUUUUAGUUGAUGGGGUGAUGAUGAUCAUUAUAACAAUAAAAGAAGUGCAUUGCCUCAGCACUGCAUAACAGCACUUUGCCCAAUUACACUCCAAUUUAUGUUGCUUUGGACAAAAGUUUCUGCUAACAGUAACAUUGUAACAUGACAAUAUUUGAUAAUCUCUUAAUUUGGAGGUUUUCACUUGUUAACAAACCACCACUCGCAGAAUACAAGGAUUAAGUAGAUUCAAGAUUCAAGAUUGGCUUAUUUGUCAUAUGCAGGUUAAACAAGGUCAACAAUGCAAUGAAAGGCCCUGGAUGAGAGGGACUGCUCGACCCAAAGAAGUACAGAUAAAAACACACAAUAAGUACUACUGUGUGUUAAUCUCUACAAAUUAAGAAUUUAAACAUUGAAGUACUGUUAUAUCUUAAGACAACAUUUUUAACAAACAUUAACUGACAAAAACUUAUAAAUAAAGGUUAUAAAUGGGGACUAAUGAAGGAAAUGAUAUUGAAUGAACAUGUAUUGUGGACCUCUGUGACAACACCUCGAACACAGUCUGCCCCUCCCUGCCUUUAAUAACGAACUCUAUGAAUUAGUGUGCUUAUCUUUUGAACCAGAGAUAUGUUAGGGUGGGGGUCCUGCAGGGGGAGGGGGAGGAGUAUAAUCCAGUAAAAAAGACUACUGUUCAGUAUCUUGAGUCUACAUGACCUCAGCACAUCUCCUCACUAAGACACAGCAGGCAGACAGGGGAUACAAUAGCCCACACAGCACGAGCUCUCACUGCAGACACUCAGGAUUAUGGAGGAAGGACCUUACAAGUACAUCAGGGUGAGGCCAGCAGAGAAAACGCCUCAGCACAUUUAUAGAACAACUACAGAGGAGGUCGUUUCUGGUUUUCUAUCUUUAAAAGGCUUCACAGGCUUCAACCCUAUUUGUCUGUUUUCUCUUUUGUCAUCACAGGAUGGGAACGGACAGGUUAGUCGGGUGAUCCGGAUCGGAACCCGUCAGAGCCAGGUACAGUAACACCAGCCUAGAUGCAUUCAGUGCAGUCUUUAGUGUAAUAGGACUCGUGUAUCAUUGAAUAUAUUGGGAGGUUGUUGCUCCAUGGUUAUACACAUCAUGAUAAAAAUUGCACAUGGCACAUGGUGAGGACCCGCAUUAACACCGAAAGGGGUUUUUGCACACUCAAUACUAUUAUACAAUACAUAAAAAACUGAUAUUUAAAUGAUCAUUGUGGGAUCAGUGGUGGUGGCGUGGGCAAUGUUCCUAUCAGUGAUGAGUAGUUUGAAUGAAUGUGAGCCUCACAGCCAGUGUCAGUUAAACAUGAGUUAUCUGGAGAUGAAUUGAUUGGAUGAAUAAAAAAACAUCAUUGAAAAGUAAUAAGAUCAAAGUAUGCACGUUCCAGGUUCUUAAAUAUGGAGAUUUGUUGCAGCUUUGUCUUUUUUGUACAAAUCGACACUGUCUGGAUAACCCAAAAAGUAAUUGAAUUAGAUGAACUUUGCAGGUCCCAAAUAUGGAUGACAGAAAGCUAUUGAGUUUUUGCUUUUUGAAAGAAAUAUGAAAUGAAUGAAUGAACAAAUCAAGCUAAAAUGUUUUUCAUUGAAUGAAAGACAACUGUUUCAGGAUCAGCUCUCUGUUAAAUGAUCAUUUUUGCCAUCAGUGUAUCAGCUCUGAUUCCCUCAGUCUUGGCUUAUACACUAAAUAAUGAAUACGUGAAUGGAUCUUUGAUAAUAACUGUUGGAACUGCAGCCCUAAAUCGAUCCGUUUCAAGCUGCUUCUUUGCUGUUUUAGUUUCAGCAGAGAGACAUCUAAGGGUUCUCUAACAGAGAUAAGAAAGUUGUGACUUUAAGAUAACUCUUUUCCCUCCAGUCAGUCUGAUCAGUUUGAUUCUCUCUGACUCUGUGGAGUUUUUGAUCAUGUUUGAAACCAUCAAUAUGAUCCAGCUAAAGUGAAGCUCUUCUAUUUUAUCUUCUUGCAGUUGGCUCGCAUCCAGACAGACAGCGUGGCCGACAAGCUGAAAGAGCUGUACAGUGAUGUCCGCCUGGAAAUAAGUGAGAAUCACACCUUUAUUUAUUCAGAUAAAUUAAUAUUUAUCAGAGAGGCCUUUACUUCCUGUCAGAGGAUCCUGUUCAGGUGUUUAAGCUUCAUUGUUAUUUUCUUUGACUGCAGAUUGAACCUCUAAUGGAUCCUGAUCCAUUUAUCACUCUGGCAAAUCAUAAAGCUGCUAAUCUGUAAAAUAUUUAAUUAUCAGAGUAUCUGUUCCUGUUAUGUGUCUGUUUAGACUCUAAAACAGAUAUAUACUGUCACCUGUCUGUUCACCUUUAUGCCUUCUCUCUUUUAGUUGGCAUGACGACAACUGGAGACAAAAUCCUGGACACAGCUUUAUCAAAGGUGACGAUCACAGGAAGACUUAGAGAAUUAUGACAUGAGCAACAUCUAGGAAGACAGUUUGGUGUUCGAUGUUAACAAAAGACAAUAAAUGUUUGUUUGUUUGUUCCAGAUCGGGGAGAAGAGUUUGUUCACUAAAGAGCUGGAGAACGCUCUGGAGAGGAACGAGUGAGUGUGAACAGAGUCAUCUGUGUCUGACAGCACACAGGCUUCACAACACUGUGAACCAUCAAACUGAAACAACAGUCUGAACACAGCAGUCACCAUGGCAACAUAAAACAGCAGCAGGAUGAAGUUCACACUUAUUUAUCUGUUAUGUUUGUGUACGACUCAACCAUUCCUCUGCGUUCACAGUCCCAGGUCUUUUUAAGGCUUUAUUUAUGGGCUGUGUCCUGGUUUCUGAGUUUAUUAGUCUGAGUAGUUUUGACCGAUCACGUAUGAGCAUGCAGUAGUGUUUGGAAAACAGUCAGUAUGGAGAGCAAAAGCAGGAGGAACACACUCAACUGUACGAACUUUAGUACUAAGAAAAUGAAGCUCACCAUCUGCUCUAUAUAAUCAUUUCAACCCAGGCAAUAAGUCUGCUUCACACUGCGUCCUGAGAGACAAUCAGCUCGUAGAUUUAGUAUUUUUCUUAAUUUCAUCAAAUGUAAUCAGUUAAACCUGCUCUGAACUUUCACUUUGUACAAAUCUGUGUCACAAGUUUGUUAUUGUGGAAAAUUUCAGUCCUUAAAUUUCAAGUAAAUUACCUUUAAAUGUGUUUCUUUAUGGUAAGCCAGACUGAAGCCUCUGAGUGACAUAUGAGUGACAGUGAAACUGAGACUCACUGAAACCAGAGGAACAGGUGCUGCUCCAGGACUAUAGUAAACUAAGACAUUUUAACUGGCCGCAGCAGGAUGCCUUAAAGUUAGUUAUUAUUCUCAGACACAGAUAAAGAUAACAUGAGCUCAUCACCCUAAAAAAGUUAAACUGUGUUAUCUUGAAAAUCUGGCCUCUGUAGCUUCUUCCUCAUUACAAGUUACUUUCCUUCACUUGAGAGUUUAUUGUUGGUGUUAAAUAGAUUUUAAAGUGGUCAUUCAAAGUCCAAAUCUGAAGACCACUGAAGAUACCAUGCUAUCCAGAGGGAAACACUCUGAGUAGUUCCUCAGGUGUAGUGUGCGUUCCUGGUCUGAAGUGACCUCUAACCCUGUUCUCGUGUGUCCUUCAGGGUCGACCUGGUCGUUCACUCCCUCAAAGACCUCCCCACCACUCUGCCUCCAGGAUUCACCAUUGGCGCUGUGCUGAAGUAAGUCUCACAUGUGUAGAGUUCAUUGGUGGAGCUCCAAUCACAUGUUUGUUCUGUAGGUGUCUUCAGUUUUUAUUCUUGAGGGGUUUUUUUGCACAUCUGUAACCUCUGAGGGUUUUUUGUUUCCUGCUGCCUGUAGGAGAGAAAACCCCCAUGAUGCAGUGGUGCUCCACCCGAAACAUAAAGGGAAAACUCUGGAGACUCUGCCAGAAAACAGGUUCAGUCACACAGACCCUUCAGCCCGUUGUGUUUUUGUUUUCCUCUCACCUCGUUGUUGUGGAGAAAUAACUUGACUCCGUCCUGUGUGUUGAUGCAGUGUGAUCGGCACCAGCUCGCUGCGCCGCGCCGCUCAGCUGAAGAAGAGAUUCCCUCACCUGGACUUCAAAGACAUCGUAUCCUUUCAAAGCCUUUCAGUGAAAUGAGGAGAUUUUUCAGACAAACUGAUUAUUUAGCUUUCAGAGGAGAGCGCUCACUUCUCAGGAGGAAUAUUUGUCUCUCAGAUGUUUUUCCUGAGCUGUAGUUUUUUUAGCGUGGGAAUCUGAACACACGUCUGAGGAAGCUGGAUGAGAAGGACGACUUUGCUGCUAUCAUCCUGGCUGCUGCAGGCCUCAAAAGGAUGGGCUGGGAAAACCGGAUCAGUCAGGUACCAACAGUUCUUGAUGAUCUGAAGUCAUCUGUGUGAGGGAGACAUGUCUCAUCUGACAGUCUGAUCUUUUCCUCUGCUAGAUCCUGGAUCCUGAAGACUGCAUGUACGCUGUUGGACAGGUAUGAACGAGGGUCUGAGAUACAGACUCACACAUCCCUGUGAGCUCUAACUAGGAUCCCAGCUUUGACUUUGGUAGAAAACAGGGUGAAAUCAGACAUAGUUCUGACAGUGUUUCUACUGCAGUUAGUGAAAGACCCUGAAGGGAGAAGGUUGUUGGACUCAAAUCCAGCUCCAGCCUUCAAUUUACCUUCACAAGUGGCAGUGAUGCACUUUAACUCUCAUUUGUUUGGCUUCAAAACUCCACUUUGAAACCUGAUGGGUGUUUGAUACAGUCUAACAUCUGAAGAGAUAUUUUGUUAAGGACUGUGUUAAGAUACAAAAAAAAAAAGGAAUUUUUGAACCAGUUUCAUUGUUUUCGACAGAAAUAUAUAUUUCUAUAUGUAUUUUUGUAUAUAUAUAUAUAUACAUAUAUAUAUAUACACACACAUAUAUAUGUAUAUAUAUAUAUAUAUAUAUAUAUAUACACACACACACACACACACAUAUAUACACACAUAUAUAUAUAUACACACAUAUAUAAAGGUGUGUUUGUGUCUGUUGUCAGGGGGCUCUUGCUAUAGAGGUCCGGGCCAGAGAUGAAGACAUCCUGGAGAUGGUGUCAGUCCUCCAUGACCCUGACACAGUUCUGCGCUGCAUCGCUGAGAGAGCCUUCCUCAGACAACUGGUAUACACACACACUCACAAACAAGUUCACACGUUCUUUGACUGGUUUGAAGAGUGUAUGAAUUUGGAGAUGACUGUGGGUUUGGUGAAUCUGUGUGUGUAGGAGGGAGGCUGUAGUGUUCCUGUGGCUGUUCACACUCAGGUGAAGGACUCUCAGGUGAGAAUGCUCCACAAACACCAGAGUCUGUGAGGUCAACGUUUCCCCGCCAAAAUAAAACACCAAGAUAAUAUUGAUAGUAUAGCUUCAGCAUAUCCUUGCUUGUGAUUUUUCCUCCUAAACUCCACCUGUUUGAUGAAUUCCUGCAGCUCCACCUGACAGGGGCCGUGUACAGUCUGGACGGAUCGGACAGUCUGAAGGAAACCAUGCAGACGAGCAUCUCUGCUGCAGCUCAGAAGGUAACAGCUCAGAGCUCAGAUGUGAUUGUUGUAAACUCUUUAAACAAACUUAAAAUGGAUCAUGUGUCCAACAGAGCCCAGAAGGAGUGGACGAGCUGCUCCAGCGAGUAGGAGUCACAGCCAGCAAGAUCUCUGGUGAAGCCCAGGACCGGGCUGAGCGGCUGGGGAUCGACCUGGCCGACUUACUCCUGAGCAAAGGAGCCAAGGAGAUCCUGACGGUGGCCAGGAAGCUCAAUGACGCCAGAUAAUCCUGAUGGGGUGAGGGGCGGGUCUCCACGGCCUUGUAUGGAGUAGAUGCUUGAGUUUACUUUUCAUGUUACUUGUUUGAAAGUUAAUAAGAGAGAAAGAACAAGGACUUCUUAUUAUUUGAGCUCCAGAAGAUACAUUUUUGAGGACUUCAGCUUGGACCAAAGUUGUGCUCAGUUUGUUUGACUGCUGCUAAAAUGACAAGUUCUUAAAGUCAGAACCUCAGAGAAGCUUCUCCUGAGCCGUGAAGCCUUACUGGGAUCAUCAGAGAGAAACACCAAACUGCCUUCAAACAUGCUCACAGCUGUUAAAUAUCAUCACUGACUGAUAUCCUCACUGUUGAAUCUCUGUGUUGUUGUUUAUGUACUCUCAGUAUUUACAAGGAGAGCUCCCUAAACUCUGCCUUCACCGUUUACACUCAGCAGCUGCUUUUUCUGACAUGGUGCUGAAACCAAGGAGAUCAAAUCUCCAUGCAGAGCAGAGAAAGAAUCACAGAUAUACAUAAAAAGUUCAAUAAGGAGCAAGAUUGGUGCAAAAUAUCAAACCUUUUUAUUCAGCAAUCAUAAACGACUUCUACCUCUUCACCUUCAGUACCUUCUCAGCCCAUCAGAGGGCCUCAGCACCAACAGAUAAAGUCAGAGAUUUUUAGAAGUCGUGACCACUGUGUUUCACAGAAAACAAGUUCUUCAAACUUUAAGGGUGUUUUACAGCUAAACAGUCGCUCUUAUUUCACUCACUCUAAAUGUGAUUGCAGGUCACUAUGAAGCUGCUGCUUUAAUGUCUAUUUUAUCAUAAUUUUAAGACAUGCCUUGUUGAAGAAAACUUAAAACUAGUGGCUGAGGCAAUAAACUUUUUGGAACAUUUUAUACUGAGGUAAUAACACGUAAAAACUUUUUUAACCAUUCAUUUUCCCCCUGUUUGCUAAAGAGAACUUCUACCAGGUUUCUAAAUGUUCAAACAGGCUGUUGUCAAACAUAUAUUACAGAUAUAAAAGUCGUAGAGAAGAAAAUCAAAGAAAGCAGAAAACUAAAAAUGAACACCUAAUAUUUGCUGUAAUGAAGACAAGCUGUACUCCAUGUUUGAAAGCGAAGGAUCCUCAAACAUGUUGCUUUUGGUGUGAAAUAAAAUGCUACAUGUGUCUUCAGUGUUGUCAUUUGUAUAUUUAGUUUCUAUCAAAGUUUUUUCUCAGGAAAUAAUUUUAUUUCUGUCUUAGUAGACUACAAAUCUGCAAGAGGAGAUCAGUGUCUGUUUCAAAGUUUUAAGGCUCAAAGUUGAUCAAUUUUACAAUUAGUGAGUCAGCUCUGUUUACACGUAAAUAAGCACCGAACAGGACAAAAACAUGACAAAAGUGCUAAACACUCACUGUAGUAUUUUAUUUCUGUUAUUAUAUACAGUUAAUUUAGAUUUCCUCCCAUGAUGGAAGUUUGGUAAUGUCAGCCAUCUUUUCUUUAAAGCUCAAUUGUUUAUUUGACUGAAUUCAUAAUGUGACGUUUUGCCCCUUUAUGAAAACAUGGAGGACAAAUUAAACCACUGAUGUCCAAUGUCAAUAAAACUGUGGAGCCAUGUCCAGUUUUGUGUCCUACUCUCAAGGGUUAAGAGUAAAUACUUGUAGUCAGAAUCAGGCACAUAAUCAGCUGUACAGGUCAGGUUUGAGUGAACAUAGAAGGAAUUUAACGCCAGUACACUCAGCUCUCUGUACAACAUUCACACAGAUAUUACAAUAACUGUACACAGCUGUUUUAAAUAAGUUUGGGGUUGACAAAAGUGCAAGGCUGUGAGCCCAAAGGAUGGCGAAUGACAUUAAAUAU